AUGUCAUAAUAAUUUUAUAGCAAAUACAGGCAUUUAUUCGAAGAUGAAAUGUUUGAUUAAGUGAAACUUGGAUAUGAUAUGCAAAUGGCACCUCAAUAAUAAUAAAUUCCUUAGUUUAAAUUCUCUUAGCAGCAACCUAAAUUUUAACUGCAACAAUCUCCAAUAAAGUAGGAAUCUCCUUUUAAAAUUGGGCAACUUCAAUCGUAAUACAAACAACCUUAGGUUUAAUCUUUUUAAGCUUCAUCCCAAGAGAGAACAACAUUAAGUCGAAAGAAUUUUAAUGAAGAACGAAUACGGAAAUAAGUUAUGCAAGACAAUAUAUUCAAAUAACCAAGCUCAGAAUAGUGGUAGACAGAUCGAGGGUAUCAAUUAAAUUAACCUCAAUAAAUGCAACAUCAGGAUCAACCUCUAUAGGAGAGGAAAUAGUAGCAAUAGACUUAUAAUGUGUUCUAGGAUUAGGACAUUCUAGAUGAUUAUGCUCCUAAGAAAUAGAGAGUAUAAGUAUAGACUGCUAAUGACAACACUUAAAUAAAUAAUGUUCAUAAGGUAUAUCUCUAGAGACUAAAUGAUCUUGAUUAUAUAAGGAAAAAGUACCUCGAUCCGAAACAGUUGUCUAGAGACAUUGAUCAACACAAUCCUUAUAAGGCUGCUUUGAUGUAACGUAUUUUAGCGUAGAUGAAUGGAAAUCAAAGAAAGAGUAGAUUGAAGGAUGCAUUAAAAAAUUGA